AUGUGCGGAAACACCCACCGUCCCGCCUCCAACGGCCGCAUCGCAGUCAUGUUCCCCUCCCCGUCAACCAAGACCAUGAACACAUACUCGCUCUUCUUCCACGAGAGCCAGUCUCACACCAGAGCGAUAUUCCGGCUCGACGACGCCGGGACGAGAGAGGCAUUCGGGAAGUGCGAGAGUAUCGAUUUGAGGAUCGAGCGGUUUGGGGAUCUCACGUCUGCGUUGACGGCGCCGCCGCUGCAUCGCUUCCGGUUACGUCCCAAGCCGGGG